AUGAGGGUGGCCCUCGCACGAAAUGGGCUUCUGACGGACGUUAAGGGCACAAAGGAUGAGAGCGACAUUACGGAGACGUGGCUCGUGAAUGACGCCAAGACAAUGGGUAUAAUUGACCAGGGCGUCGAAAUUCAUCACCAGACCAAGAUUUGGUCUGCUUCUCGUGCCUUGGGGGCAUAUGGAACACUCCGCGAUUUCUACAAUCGUUUUACUCUGCACAACCGUGUCACGGUGACACGUCGCCUUCGUGAGCUUAAGAUUGAAAGUGGUACUCGAAUUGUGGAACAUCUGGACGCGUUCGCCGAGCUUGUCGUGAAUCUCCAAACGACAGGAGAGCGAUGGAUAAAUCAAGACAGCUAG